CUCUCUCUCUCAAUCUCUCUCUCUCUCAAUCCGUCUCUCUCUCUCUUUCUCAUCCACGUGGCUUCGGUGGGGCGGGAGCCGCUAUAUUAGGCACUGGGGAAGCCUCCAGCCCGGGGCUUGGGCGCUCGCCUGGCUAUUGUUGCCGCCGAGAGAGAGAGAGAGAGAGAGAAAGAGAAGGAAGGAAAGGAAGGAAGGAGACGGCAAGGAUCGGACUCGGAAAGACACAAAGGAGGAGGAGGAGGAGGCGGCGAAGGGAUGAGAUCGGAUCUGCUCAGGCUCAGUGAGGAUCAGAUGUCAGCCGAGAAGAUUCAAGCAGAAGAAAGAGCUUAAAUCUACCUCUUCCGGAUGCUGCAAGGUGCUGAAUCUGACCCUACAUCUCUUCUCUCCAGCUGAAAUUUUGCCGGAAGGAAAAAAAAAUAGCGUAGGAGAGGUGCUUUGGCAAAAACAAGGGGCAAGAAGUGGUGACCUGCCGUGACAGGAGAGAAAGAAAAAGAAUCCAUCAACAGUACAUCCAGUGUUUGGAAAUGCAGCCAAGUGAAAGAGCCUGGCAAGAUGGAAAAGAAAGGCAUUUCAGCAGAUCCUGGCAAUAAGGUUUCGACUGCCAUGAACUCCACCCUCCACACAAACUAAUCAGCGGCUACUAAUGAAAUAGUUUUGAAGAGAAGGGAUAUUUCCCUACCUAAGUCUUUUUGAUUUGAGCUUCUCCUUCCCACACGGAAGAAGGAAAAUGUGUAUUUCAGACUGUUAAUAAUAUCCUCUCUAUCUGGAUGGGUGGUAAAGAGAAAAUUACAGUUGUUUGCUUUGAUUAAACCUUUGGAGGAGAAAAUUAGUAGCUAUUCAAGGAGACUGAAGAGAUCUGAAGUCGGAAGAUUUUUUUUGUAAAGGAAGAGACGAAAGAGGCAAUCCAUGUUGGUUUCUUUGCAGUGAUUCGAGGAUACGACAAUCAGGUCUGUUUCUUCUAACAUCAAAGGUGAUUGAACAGCUCCUUGUGGCCUAGGCACAGCUGAGGAAAGCAUCCUACAGACUUUCCACAUUCUCUUAACCUCAGCCAUAGGUCAAAAUGUUGGCCAUGAAGAAGCGGAGCCUCAAAAUGUUCACACUAGCCUUACUUUUUGUCAUCACCAUCACGUCAUUCUUACUCAACUACACGAACAGUGCAGUCGCGGUCACUUGGGACCCUAAGCAAAUUGUCUACCAGUUUUCGGAGCAGUUUAGAAAACUGAUGAAAUACUCAAGGAGGCCAUGCAGCUGCAGCACAUGCGUGUCCGAACAAGGGGUCUCGCUUUGGUUUGAUGGGAGGUUUAACCAAACUAUGCAACCUUUCUUGACCACCCACAAUGCCUUUGUGCCUGAAGAGAGCUAUAAGUGGUGGCAGAAACUACAAGGAGAAAGGAGCCCUAAAGGGGUCAAUGAGACCAUCCAGGAGAUGUUUGAGAUUAUUCCUGGCAAUGGGGAUCAGCUUUUGGAAAGAAGCAGUUCACAGUGCAGGAGAUGUGCCGUAGUGGGGAAUUCGGGUAACCUUAAGCAGUCUCAAUAUGGCCAAGAAAUCGACAACCAUGACUUUGUGUUUAGAAUGAACAAAGCCCCAACGGUCGGUUUCGAGUCGGAUGUUGGUUCCAAAACGACUCACCACUUUGUCUACCCAGAGAGUUACAGAGAGCUGGGGGACAAUGUCAGCAUGGUCCUCAUCCCUUUCAAGACGCUGGACCUGCGUUGGAUCAUCAGUGCCCUCACCACAGGCACCAUCAACCACACAUACAUUCCAGUUCCCCGUAAAAUCAAAGCCAACAGAAACAAGAUCCUGGUUUAUCAUCCUGUCUUCAUCAAAUAUGUUUAUGACAACUGGCUGCAACAUCACGGGCGAUACCCUUCAACGGGCUUCCUGUCUGUUAUAUUUGCUCUCCAUCUCUGUGAUGAGGUGGAUCUAUAUGGCUUUGGGGCAGAUAGCAAAGGGAACUGGCACCACUAUUGGGAGAACAACCCGUCCGCUGGGGCUUUCCGGCAGACAGGCGUCCAUGAUGGCGAUUUUGAAUCUAACAUCACAUUGACUCUUGCCUCAAUUGACAAAAUACGUUUCUUCAAGGGCAGAUGACCCCAGUUGUAGGAAGAACGGAAAUUGCCAGCUGCAGGGAUGAUGGAUACAUUUGUAAAAAGAAUACAGGAGGAUUGUCUCUCCCACCUCAACUAAGAGAGCCUCAACCAACAGUUGGUUGGUGUCCACAAGUAACAUUGAUCAACACCAUUUUAUUGGCUUCCAUUUCUCUACCAAGGUUUGAUAGACAUGGGAAAAACCAUUCCAAUCUUCUGACUUCCUGCCUUCAUGAGACUCCCUCUGCAAGAUGUCCCUUGCCUUGGGCCAGUUAGAAAGGAAGUGGUCCCACCUUCUCCAACUUCUGAACACCUUCUCUGAAGAAAAACACAAUAGAAGAGAUGCACAUAAAAACCAGCUUGCAGGCAUAGAGGCACCCCCUGGAUUCCAAGAUUACCUCAAAGGACCUUAUUCCAUUCUUGAUCUUUCCUCUGGAGUAGCCACACAAGGCCUACCAGUUCUCAUCCUGUAUUAUGAGCAACUGUAACAUUAUCUCCUGUUGGCAGUCUUGGUGCCAGCCUGCAUUUACCAUCAUGGAGAAGAUUUGAACAAGACCUGCAUUUACCAUCAUGGAGAGGAUUUGAACAAGACCCGUCUUUUCUAAAAAUAUAUUUCUGUGUGACACAAAGUAAUAGUCAGUCAUAGCCAUAAGAAAGGAGGAAAAGUGGGAGAGAUCAUAAAGGAAGAUGAUGGCAUAAACUAGUCACUGUUGUUUACUUUUUCCAAAAAAGAUGUCCUUUGGACUGCUACUCAGCUCUGAACUCUCUUAUAAUGUAGAAUAUUGAACUAUUUUUCUAUAUUCUCUAUACCUACCUACAUAUAUAUAAACUCAUAUAAGCAUACACAUCUGUCAUUGACACGUGCCUUUUGAAAAUGCAAGGAGGGUCCUUUCUCUGUUGGGCUCCCUCAAAAACUGAAAUUCUUUGCUUACAACCUUUUGUAUGAAGAUACUUGAUCAACGCUCAAAUCCACCCACCAUAUUAUUUUGUAUUGAUACUUUUCUUCUGUCAGCUUGAAAUAACCACAAUCAACAUGCAAGGAGGUAUUUGGGAUUUUUAUUUUGGCAGAGCUAAACAUUUUUGCCUUAUUUUCAAUAUUUUUUAGAAAAAGCAAAAAGAAGUUGUCUACCCUGGGUUGUUGUUUUUUAAGAACUGUGGUUGAAAAUCCCUUCGGAAUAGCACGCUUCCCUGAUGGCAUGUGAAUUUAGCAAUCCAUAGAGAUAGGCAGUACUUGUGUCAGGAUUCAAGAAAACAGUCUAUAAAGGCAAGUGUUGCACACCUUGCGGGGGAUCCCUCUGAACCCAAUGGGACUUACUUCUGGAAUAACGUUGUAUCAGAUUGUACUGUGAA